AUGUACCAGCAGCACGACGAGAAGAAGCUUAUUCAAGAAGCCGAAGGCCUUCGCAAGAUUGCCUUCUUCGGUAUUUGCAUAAGUACGAUUGCAACUCUCACCGCUAUUGUUGCAAUUCCUUCUCUCUACAAUUACAUGCAACAUGUUCAAUCCACUCUUCAAACUGAAGUCGAUUUCUGUAUUCAUCGCACCAAUGGGCUGUUCGAGCAGUACAACAGCAUCAAGGGAGAAUCAGCACAAGCGCAAUGAGAGGAGGGACAGCCAGGACAGCCAGGACAAGACGGACAGCCAGGUGUUGUCGAGGAGGUCGCCGUCCCACCAGGCCCACCAGGACCACCAGGACCAGCCGGAGCCCCAGGACCAGACGGACAGCCAGGAAACGACGGACAGCCAGGACAAGACGGACCAGAGGGACCAGCCGGAGACGCCGGAUCCGACGGAGCCCCAGGACAGCCAGGAGCCCCAGGAGAGCAGGGAGAGGCCGGACAGCCAGGAGAGGGAGGCGGCUGCGAUCACUGCCCACCACCAAGAACCGCUCCAGGAUAUUAA